AGAGUAUAUUCCCACGCCACCCCCACAACGGAAGUGGGUGGAAGCCGCCAAAACGCACCGCUCCGACCUCACCCUUUUUCUCUCCCACCAGAAAAAGGAUUUAAUACUCUUCAAUCCAUUCCUUCUUCUUCCGAGUUCUAAUUUCUAAUUCCCAUCUCUUUUCUACUUCUCUCUUUUUGUCACCAAUUCUCCUCUCCGUUGUGGCUGUAACGUGGGUUUCUUGUUAUGUGAAGCUGGGUUUUGCAAUCUAGAUUCUUGGAAGCUUAUUUGAUGCUGCAUAGAUGUCCCUCCAUACCCUUUCUGUUCAUUUUAAUGAUUCAAAAAUGCAAUCAUCUCUUUCCGUGACUCAACUAAGCUCUAUCUUGGUAAAGCCACAAAUAUCAACUAAAGGAUUCAACUUAUCCUGGGAAUUUGCCCUAUUCUUCCUUACUUCUGUUCUAAAGUGGUCGUAUGAAUCAGGGGAAACUUGUAUGAUGACACUAGGGUAGAACUGCCAGAACUGCCAGGUAUACAUUGAUCGACAUGAAUACUGUUGGAUCCAUCUCCACUUUGAGUUUGAGUGGAACAGUUCAGAGACGAUACUUCUGGGAUCCAAAUAUUCGAAGAUACUCUCUUGGUAUAGAUUCUGGAUGCAGAAUUCUGCAAGCUUUUGGAAAUAGCGAGUUUAUGGGCUGCCACUUGAAAUCUCGAGUUUCAUUAUUCAAAGGAACAAGAUCAAGCCAUAAAGUCAGCCCUCGUCAGGUUGUCUGCAUGGACUAUCCAAGGCCUGAACUUGAGAAUACUGUCAAUUUUUUGGAAGCUGCUCAGUUAUCUUCAUUCUUUCGUAAUUGUGAACGGCCAAGUAAAGGACUCGAAGUUGUAAUUGCUGGUGCAGGUUUGGCUGGUCUAUCUACUGCAAAAUAUCUUGCAGAUGCAGGUCAUAAACCUAUACUGUUGGAGGCAAGAGAUACUCUGGGUGGAAAGAUUGCAGCUUGGAAGGAUGAAAAUGGAGACUGGUAUGAGACAGGCCUCCAUAUAUUCUUUGGAGCAUAUCCCAACAUUCAGAACUUGUUCGGGGAGCUUGGUAUCAAUGAUCGUUUGCAGUGGAAGGAGCAUUCCAUGAUUUUUGCAAUGCCAAACAAGCCAGGAGAGUUUAGCCGAUUUGAUUUUCCAGAGUUUCUUCCUGCACCCUUAAAUGGAAUAUGGGCCAUCUUAAAGAACAAUGAGAUGCUGACAUGGCCAGAGAAAGUGCAAUUUGCUAUUGGACUUUUGCCAGCCAUGGUUGGGGGGCAAGCUUAUGUGGAGGCCCAGGAUGGUUUAACUGUAACAGAGUGGAUGAAGAGGCAGGGUGUGCCUCGUCGAGUCAGUGAUGAAGUUUUCGUUGCCAUGUCUAAGGCACUCAACUUCAUAAACCCAGAUGAGCUUUCCAUGCAAUGCAUCCUUAUUGCUUUAAAUCGAUUUCUUCAGGAAAAGCAUGGUUCCAAAAUGGCCUUCUUAGAUGGUAACCCUCCUGAGAGGCUAUGCAUGCCAAUUGUUGAUCACAUUCAGUCAUUGGGUGGUGAAGUCCAACUAAAUUCACGUAUACAAAAAGUUGAACUGAACUGUGACGGAACCGUGAAACACUUUGUGCUCACCAAUGGAAAUAUUAUCAGUGGCGAUGUUUAUGUUAUUGCCACUCCUGUUGAUAUCUUGAAGCUUCUUUUGCCUCAAGAGUGGAGGGAAAUUUCAUACUUUAAGAAGCUGGACAAAUUAGUGGGAGUUCCGGUGAUUAAUGUUCAUAUAUGGUUUGACAGGAAACUGAAGAACAAUUAUGAUCAUCUUCUUUUCAGCAGGAGCCCUCUUUUGAGUGUAUAUGCAGACAUGUCCGUAACAUGCAAGGAAUAUUAUGAUCCUAAUCGUUCUAUGCUGGAGUUAGUUUUUGCUCCUGCAGAGGAAUGGAUCUCACGCAGUGACAACGAAAUCAUUGAUGCUACUAUGAAAGAACUAGCUAAGCUAUUCCCUGAUGAAAUUGCUGCAGAUCAAAGUAAAGCCAAAAUUCUCAAGUAUCAUGUUGUAAAGACACCAAGAUCUGUUUACAAGACCGUGCCCAAUUGUGAACCAUGUCGCCCUCUACAAAGGUCCCCAAUUGAAGGGUUCUAUCUGGCUGGUGAUUACACAAAGCAGAAAUACUUGGCUUCAAUGGAGGGUGCUGUUUUAUCUGGCAAGCUUUGUGCACAGGCUAUUGUACAGGAUUAUGACUUGCUUGUCGCACGGACCCAGAUAAGCCCGCCCGCCGAGAUGACUGUUGCAUAGUUGUGAAGUCCAAAUCAACAUGACAGCUUAUUGAUACCAAGAAUUCUUUAGGCCUUGAUCUUGCCAAUGCCUCUUCCUCCUUAUAGCUGAUUCCUUGGCAGCAUUUAGUUUCAUUCACUUGUCAUAAUUGAGCUGGCAAAGGCGAUGUUGUCUUCGGAACCAAUAUCUAAAGAGAACAGGCUUUUGAAUAUCUCAGAAGAAAGGGCAGCCAUAUUAAAUUCAAAUUUGCAAAAUUCUACCAGGAUCUUGACUUUCUUGUUGAAUAUUUUAGUGUUUUAAAAAAAUAGGAAUGCAGAGAAUGUCAUGGCAUCAGUCAUUUCA